AUGGGAGGACCACGAGCGGCGCGUCUGCCCGUGGGUUCGGCGCCAUGGAUUGCCGAAGAGCGCGCGUCUGCGCAGCAGAUUGAGCAAACAGAAGUCGAGGAAUUCUCCUUCUCCGCUCGCAACGAGUUCGACUGGCUGCACGAGCACAUGGCCGACAUAUUCAGUGACAACCAAAUAAAUGUGGCGGAAAUUUUCAAAACACCAGGCAAACUACGGGGGAAAACCCCUCGGACGGUUCGCAAGGUCGAUCAUAUGCUUGACAACCGCGCCCCCCUUGCCAACCUAUUCUCUUCUUCUCCAAAACGCGCUGGAAAUAUCGCGUCUUCCCAAGCGCCUGCUCAGAGUACGACUCCGGACGUUUUCGUCAGAGCCGAUUCACUUGUUCCCUCGACGCGUCCCGAAACUGGCCCGGUAGCGGACGAAGGCGGACAAACACAGCCCAUGGGCCUCAAGCCCUUCUCAGUCAUCGAUUCUGGUUACCAUGGAAGCCAGUCUCAGGAUACAGUUGCUCACGACGACGCGUCCUUGCUGUUCUCCGAUCCCGUUCUCGAGUCCACCCCAGCUGUGAAUAGGGUGGCGAAGACUGGACGUGUAGCUUUCCAAGGCUCCCCAGAAAAGACAACCCAGACUAUGAGGCAAUCGCCGGAACAAACAGUAGACGCGAUUCCAGAAACCACAACCACACAGUUUUUCACAGCUCAUGGGCCUGGGGAUCUCUUCAAUGUCAAGGAUGCGGCUGUGGCUGAGAGUACGACACCCAGCGGAUCGCCUGCCCGAAGCGCCGCCCCUAGCUCUUCCCCGAAAGAGGCCACGAGCAAGACAUUACCCCUUCAGACUCCAGCAGCGCCACCACAGCCUACGGAACAACGCGCCGUGGAACCAGUCUUGGACGAGGUAUCUGGCUCGCCUUCAGAUGGAUCAAGCCCUAUCAGGCCGCUCCCGAGAAAGAGCAGUCUAAACUUUGCCACUUUACCCGCGCGUCAGCCUAUGGUGCACAAAAGCAUUGGGGGUCAUCAAGCAUCGAGAACCAGUUACAUUGGGCAAAACCGGAACAGCUACUACAAUCGACACACAGGUGGCAAGAGCCUUGGUCGUGCGAGGCAUGACUUGUCGGACGAGGAGAAUGAUGACGCCGAUAUGGAGGACGCCACAGCACAUGGCAUGAAGCACAUGCACCAAGACAGCGCCAUUGCGCACAACAAGACGCAGACGCAGCGUCUUCAGGACCAGAUCAACAUGCUUGGCCAGGCGAAUCAAAAUGCUCCAAGGUCGCAGAAGUCAUCUUCAGGGGCGCUCACUACGCAGACGGCACAAAACAGCGCGUCUCUUCCCCAGACCAAGCCACGCUCGCCACCCAAGAAGCCGACCACACCAGGAGCUUUCCCGGAGGAUGAUGAUGAUGAUGACGACGACUGGAUUGAUCCGGCUGGGCCAGUCGAAGAUGCGGCGAAGGCGCUCAGUCCUCGGCCUCUUCUACCAAAGUACCACUCUGCGGAUGUGAUGGAAGGCGUAGCAGGCAAGGACACUGCCGGCGGUGAUAUGUUUGCACCAAGAGCGCGAGAAGGAUCCCAUCCACCUCCAGUGCCGCCUAAAGCAGCAAAGCCCUUUGGCCACAACAAGUCAGCAUCAGUAUCGGUCUUGCCGCAGACAUUUAACCGCGCAGAUGCAGACGAUGCAAACCGUCUCAAGAAGACGAUAUCCGCAUCUAGUACUCAUCUGGGCGUUGUCUCCGAAGACGGCCGCCCUGCCACACCUUCCAAGUCACCCUCUCGGAGUUUCAAGGAUAGCCCGAUGAAGUCUGUCAAGAAAACUCUGGGAUCUCUGUUCGGCCGAGCUAAGGAGCUUGCUGCGAGCAGUGAGGCCAUCAGUGCCAAGAGCAAGGCAUCCUUGCUUUCCUCUUCGACUCUCAAGCUCGGGCUUCAUGCCACACCUUCAACCGAGAGCCUGUGGCGCUUUGGGAAAGACCUGCAAAUGUAUCCCGACCUUUCUAAGCAUAUGGACGACGGUGGCUCCAUGGCUCCGGACAGCCCGAAGCGCGCCGAGGGUCAUCGAACACGGGCCUCUCUGGACAGGGAGAAGGCUGAAGAGAAGCGCAAGGAAAAAGAAGCAAAGGAAGCCCGCCGCGAGGCGGAGCAGAUGGCCAAAUUGGAGAAAGCCAGAGAGCAGGAGCGGGAGAAGGCCAAAGUGUUUACCAAAGAGCAAGAAAGAAUUGCAGUCAUGGAACAGCAAGUUGCACUUCAGAAGCAGCCAUCCCGAGAAGCGGUGGCACAGCUCCCAGCAACAACACCAGGCCAAACUCAAAAGACGACGCGCACCAGUCCUCGAAAAGCCAAACCGCAGGCGGAGACUGAUGAGACGCGCGAUCUUGAUAUGGCAGACGUUCCAGGCUCCAUGCCUCCUCCUUCGGUGCCACGCUCGGCAGCGCCCGCGUCCGUGCCGCGGAACAGGGAGAUCAAGCGACCCGUGCGUCCAGAUACCGCAAAGACAAGGCAACAGCCUACCGUCAUCCGUGUCAACACUGGCUCUCAGCAUACCCAGCUCUACCCCUCCAAUAACACCCUCGCAACAAGUCUUUAUGAUACCUUGAGCACAGGCCCACAGUCGUACCCGGAGAGCAAAAUCGGCCAGCCUUCGUCGCAACACAAGUCCUCGCUACAGAGCAUGGGGAGCUCAACUUCUUCAGCCGCUACAGCGGGAAAGCCCAAGGCAUUGACUGCAGCUGCAAAGAAGAGGGAGCAAGAAGAGAAGGAGGCGCAACGGAGACGAGAAGCAAAAGCUGAGUUGGAUCGGAAGCGGGCCGCGCAAGAAGAGGAGAAGAGGCAGGAGCACCAGAAGAAGUUGGAUCUUGAAAGGCAACGCGAAGAAGAGCGGAAACAAGCCGAGCUCAAGAAGAGCGCUCAGCGGCAGGCGCAGAUUGAAAAGGCAAAACAGACGAGAGCGCCACCACCGGCCAAGCGGAAUCAGCCUACGCCACAAGCGGAGCAAAGCCAGAGAGUCGACCCAGGGCCCCCUCGACCCCAAUCGCGCAUGGCACCAGCUCGUCCUCAGGAGGAUCUUGGGCGCUCGAUCCACAAUGCGCAGAAGCCGGCCCAGAAGCGCCAGCCACCUGGUGCUGAGACGCGUACCGGGCCAGGGUCACAGCCCGCCGAUGCCAAGCGGAUGAGAAUGACUAGCGACUUUGAUAAUGACGGAGGUGCCGAGAGCCAUUCCAGCCUGAAAGGAGCACCAGUUCGGCCCUCCGGAGGCUUCAAGAAGGAUGUGCCGCCCAAAGCUGCAUUCCCCACUGGAUAUGCAAAUGCUCCUGCGAGCGCCACGAGGGAUCUAUUCAGGCCUGCCGUGACGGGCCAGCACGGUCAACAGGCCAAGGCCGGCCACCCACUGGACAUGGCUCAGCUAUCGAAGGGCGCGAUCCCCUUUGCGUCGAACCCCAAUGCUCCUGGUCCGGCACACAAGACUCCUGCAAGGCCGCCGGCUUACGCGGUUGCCAAGUCCGCUAUCAAGUCGUCAGCUAAGGCGUCUCCCCGCUUCCAGAACGGAGAGGACAUCGACUUGCCCGAUAUCAACACGGAUGAUGAGGACAGCGAAUACGAAAACCCCAACAAGGGCAUGACUGCUGCCUGGGCGGAAUCAUCUCCCCUGAUUUCUAACCUAAUAGCACAGGAGCGCGUUGAUGUCUUCCAGGUGUUUGGCCCGCCUGCUCCGCUGAACAUGGAGGAGGUCUUCCCGAAGAGCAAAGAUCGAUUCCACAAAUUCCGCCAACGGACCUCAAGUGCCAACUGGAGUGGCGCAGACAGACUCACCGAGGACGAGAUCCGCCGAGACAUGGCUGCAAGGGAGAAGAUGCAGAGAGAUGGUGCAUGGAGUUAUGAGAUGAGUCGCGACCUGGCGUGA